AUGCGUCCUGUCGGCAAGCAUAUCGCCGGAAUGCUAGCCAACCUGACUACAGUGGGUCUCGACCCGAAAAAACUAGAGCUGCUUGGCCUCAGCCUUGGGGGCGUGUCCAUGACUUUCGUAGCCAAGAACUUCCAACAAAUUACUGGCAGAAACAUCUCAAAGCUUACCGCUCUCGACCCUACUGGACCCUGCGUCAGACACCUUGGACCAAAGGAUAGAUUAGACCCGUCCGAUGCUGAUUUUGUUCUACACAUCGCAACAAAUAUCGGAGGGUAUGGCAUAGGCACUCCGGUUGGACACGUAUCAGUUUAUGUAAACGGAGGGGAGUACCAGCUUGGCGCCCUUCCGUCGUAUUUAUGCGACAACUUAUGCAGUCACAUACAAGCGUUUUUGAUAUGGAUAUCGGUCAUGGAAAACCCUGGCAAAUUCAUCAUGAUGCAAUGUGAUUCUCAGCAGCAAGCGCGAGAUCACAACUGUUUUGAGAGGAAACCAAUGGUAACGAACACUCUGGAUCUAUAUACGGAUAGAAACAAGCCGGAACAAGUUAUAAAGGAACAGAACAUGUUAAAAAUGGAGAAGACAUUAGAAAGUAUAAAUAAAGUGAUAUGUGUAGUUGUGGUAAUCCAGUUGAUGUGUACUUUAGUCACCGCAGUUGAAUAUAAUGAAACUAAUGAGGGUUAUGCACAAAAUUUCUUGCCUAUAUGUCCUGGAGCAAAGAAGCCGGCCGAGAUAAAACCAGAACAUUUGAGCAAAUUAAAAAUCGCAGUUUUCGCCGGCGGUACACUUAUGUACUCCAAGUGGACAUCUUAUAACUACCGCAACAUAAAAACCCUGGCCAUGGACCCUAAUAUUGACUUCAGACGAAAGACGAUCGUGUAUUGUCCUGGAUAUAUGGAAUAUACUGCGUUACCUGUUGGAAGGCUUUUAAUGUUGAAGUAUAAGAACAUGGGGUACAAUGCGUUAACUUUAGAAUAUGUAGACUUCACUUCAAACAUAUUCCCCGUUGUUGCACGCGUGAUGCGUCCUGUUGGCAAGCAUAUCGCCGGAAUGCUAGCCAACCUGACUGCAGUGGGUCUCGACCCGAAAAAACUAGAGCUGCUUGGCGUCAGCCUUGGGGGCUUGUCCAUGACUUUCGUAGCCAAGAACUUCCAACAAAUUACUGGCAGAAACAUCUCAAAGCUUACCGCUCUCGACCCUUCUGGACCCUGCGUCAGACACCUUGGACCAAAGGAUAGAUUAGACCCGUCCGAUGCUGACUUUGUUCUACACAUCGCAACAAAUAUCGGAGGAUAUGGCUUAGGCACUCCGGUUGGACACGUAUCAGUCUAUGUAAACGGAGGGGAGUACCAGCCUGGCGCUCUUCCAUCGUAUUUAUGCGACAACUUAUGCAGUCACAUGCAAGCGUUUUUGAUAUGGAUAUCGGUCAUGGAAAACCCUGGCAAAUUCAUCAUGAUGCAAUGUGAUUCUCAACAGCAAGCGAGAGACCACAAGUGUUCUAAGAGGAAACCAAUGGUAAAGCACAGUCUCGAUCUAUAUACGGAUAGAAACAAGCCGGGUAUUUAUUACUUGGCAACGAGUUCUAAAUACCCGUAUUAUUUAGGUAAAAAAGGCUUAAAAAGGAGUGGGUCGGAAUUUUUGAACCACAUAAGUGAUCUUAAUGUUGUUGACAUUCUGCGAGUUUGA